AUGUACGAUCAGCUGCUUGAGACGCCGAAAUUGAUUGAAUAUCACGAGAUUCAGUCGGGUGCUCCUGAUGCUCUGGAGAAGCUGAGAGACGCGGUCUUUGUUGCGUGCCCAUUCCAGAGGUUUGGCUUUAACACCUUUUGCAUUUGGUCGUUUGAGCUCAUUAUGCACGAUGUUAUGGAGCUCGAGCAGCUGGUCUUCAGCUCUCUUGAGAGGGCUUUUCACAGCAAUAACUGA